GCCCGGCUGAGGGCGCUAUCUGCAGCCGUCCGCUUGCGGCGCAGCGCGGGACCUUGGCCGCGACGGCGGCUGCGCGCGCACGGCUGUCCUGGGCUGAGAGUGUAUUAUCUGCCCCCGCGCGCGCAGGUUGGCCUGGUGCAGAGCGCUGGGCCUAACCGGAGCCACUUCGUACGGCCGCACCUGCCGCCCGCCACCUGCUCUGUGGCCCGCGCCCCACACGGCCCGACAUGGACGAGGCGCCGGACUCUUCGGAGGCGGACCGGGAAGUACAAGUUAAGAACAAUCCAGGGAUAAAACAGCAUAAAUGUUCAUCAUGGAUAUCAAAAAUUACAGUGGAACCUGUUAUGUUCUUCUACAUGUUUGCUUUUGCUUUAACAUCUGUAGUUGAGCAAGCAUUUUACGUUGACAAGGCUUGUCGAGUAAAUAUGAAUUAUUCUGAUGAAAUAUGUUCUAACUUGCACCUUGAAGAAAAUAAGGAGUGGAAUAAGAAAGUGCAGAUAAUUGUUUCUAAUUUUCAUCAAUAUAAUCAAAUAGCAACUCAUGCAGUCCCAAUUGUUUUAGCCUUUUUCUUGGGCUCGUGGAGUGACCUACGAGGGCGCAAAAUUAUAAUUCUGAUGGGUCUUUUCGGAAAACUCUAUUUUUCAUGUAUGAUUGUUGUGAAUGCCUUACAAAAAUCUUGGGCUUUGGAAAUUAUUCUUCCAACUGCAUGUGUUCCCUCUGCUUUAACUGGAGCAGAUCUUGGAAUCUUUGCUGGAGUAUUUGCUUACAUGGCUGACAUCACCACUCAAAAGAAUCGAACCUUUCGAGUUGCAGUUCUGGAUGUAGUUUAUCUUUCCACACUACCAACUGGAGUUGCACUGGGAAAAUAUUUAUAUGCAAGUGUCACUGGAAGAUCAUUUGCUAUCAUGUUUGCCAUAAAUGCAAGCAUGCUUGCUGUUGCCAUAAUAUUUGCAUUUUGGAGGCUAGAGUGGCAGUCUACAUCACAACAACAACCUUUACUGGGAUCUGGAACUAAUUGUUGUAGUGAUUUCUUUGACAAACAACAUGUGAUUGACUCGGUUAAAGCUCUUUGUAGAAAACGGCCUGGGUACAGAAGAACUUAUCUUAUUAUCAUAUUGUUAUCAAUGAUGUUUUAUACAUUCCAAAGAGAUGAAAAACCUUUAACAUUUUUAUAUACGCAAUUACAAUUUGGAUGGACAACAGAAAUAUACAGUGAUUUUAAAACAUUCCAGUCAUCUGCAUAUGUUAUUGGCACACUUGUGGGUGUCCCAAUUAUGAGUCGCUGGUUGAAAUUAGAAGAUACUAUAAUAAUUAUGGUGGGUGCUGCAGGCCAUGGAUGUGCACGAUUUGUUUAUGCUUUUGCCAAGGUGCCAUGGCUGUUUUACAUAGACAAUGCAGUACCUCUUUUCUCUGGUGUUCUCUACUCCCAAGUCUACAAUGCCAGUAUAGACACACUGCCAACUGCCAUUUUUUGGGUAACAUUUUGCAGCCAGGCUAUAGUAUUUCUUUCAGCUCUAUUUGUCCACUUCUGUGUUCGAAAAUAUCCACUGGAAAUUUCAGAAAAUGAAAUGAUAUCAGAGGAGAUGAGUGUUUCAUCUGAGGAAACAGUUCGAGAAGUCAAGGAUUAAUAAGAGGUAUCCAGAUAUCUCAUUCACUCUUUACAAAUAAAAAAUAAAUGGGAAUUUUAUUAUUUUAAUUAUUUUGUUAAUAAAUACAUUUUCAACGUGUGA